UCUCCUGCCGCACUCUCUGUCGUGUCUCUCUCCCUGGAGUAAUCUUCUGUCCUUCCUCGUGUACUACAAUUGAAUUUCCAUUUCUUUUGUUUGCUUCUCUUGGAGAAAGGUGAACCCUCGUGUUACUGUUUUAUUUGAUCUUUGCUCUUAAUUGUAGUUUUUACCCUUGUGGUCCCUGAUGGCUUCGCACAGUGAUACUCUGGUGGUGUUCUUUGGGGCAACAGCUGGUGCAAAUGGGGGUAAACUGGGGUCGGAUGAGAGGGAAUUAAUUCUCUUGGUGUGGCAAAUUGUGGAUCUACAUGAGAAGAAGGUGGGCAAACUUCAGCGGCGUCUGGUGAAGCCGGACAGUGUGGAUCUCACAGAGCAGUGUAAGGAGGAGACCAGACUCACUGCAGAGGAACUGUGUAAGGCCGAAGAACCACUGGAGAGCAUCCUACAACAGUUUCACCAGUCUGUAUCAGCUGAACUCAAGUCUUUGGGCAGAAGCUCAUACACGCUGUGUGUGGACGGCCCACUGCUUAUCCAACAGGUGCUUCACCCUGAGGCCUCCAAAAAGAAUCUGGUCUUGCCGGAGUGUUUCUACUCGUUUGUGGACUUGAGGAAAGAGUAUCACAAAUGCUGCCCCAACGCAGGCGCCGUCAAAGAUCUCACUCUGCCCUCCAUGCUGGACUAUGUGUGUGUUCCCGAGGUGGUGGAUCUGGAGGCAGGAGUGAGGGAGGUGAAGAACAUGGGCCUGCUAUUGUUGCACCUCCUGGCUGAACCUUACAAUCACUCAUUCUCAGAUUAUGAGGUUGUCAACUACAAGUUUGAAUCCGGACCGUGUAAAACGGAGGCUGUGGAUAGCGAGACGGUCAUCAGAGCCCGCGGGUUGCCAUGGCAGUCUUCUGAUCAGGACAUCGCUCGCUUCUUCAAGGGUCUCAACAUUGCCAAAGGCGGCGUUGCUCUGUGUCUAAACGCUCAGGGCCGGAGGAACGGAGAGGCUCUGGUGCGAUUCAUAAACUCGGAGCACAGAGACAUGGCACUGGACAGACAUAAACACCACAUGGGCAGCAGAUACAUAGAAGUGUAUAAAGCCACAGGAGAGGAGUUUUUGAAAAUCGCGGGAGGCACAUCCAAUGAGGUUGCUCAGUUUCUUUCUAAAGAGAACCAGAUGAUUAUCCGAAUGCGGGGGCUUCCGUUCACUGCAACUCCUCAGGAUGUUCUGGGUUUCCUGGGGCCGGAGAGCCCAGUGACGGACGGGAUGGAGGGACUUCUGUUUGUAAAGUACCCGGAUGGACGUCCCACAGGGGAUGCGUUCGUUCUCUUUGCCUGUGAAGAAUAUGCCCAAAAUGCCCUGAAGAAGCACAAACAAAUCCUGGGCAAGAGAUACAUCGAGCUGUUUCGCAGUACUGCAGCUGAGGUCCAGCAGGUAUUGAACCGCUACAUGUCCACUCCACUGAUCUCCACUCUUCCUCCUCCUCCUGCUCCAAUCAUGUCUUUGCCUGUUCUGGCCACGCCUCCCUACAUCGCCACUGGCAGCUCACGAGACUGCGUCAGACUGAGAGGUCUGCCCUACACCGCUGCCAUCGAAGAGAUCCUGGAGUUUAUGGGGGAACACACCAUUGACAUCAAACCACACGGAGUGCACAUGGUCCUUAACCAGCAGGGUCGUCCAUCCGGUGAUGCCUUCAUUCAGAUGAGGUCGGCAGACCGUGCGUUCAUGGUGUCUCAGAAGUGCCACAAGAAGAUGAUGAAGGACCGGUAUGUGGAGGUGUUCCAGUGCUCCACCGAAGAGAUGAGCUUUGUACUGAUGGGGGGAACUCUGAACCGCAGCGGCCUUUCACCACCUCCCUGCAAACUGCCCUGUCUCUCUCCACCAGCCUACGCUGCUUUUCCUGCAACCACAGCUAUGCUUCCCAACGAGGCUGCAUUGUAUCAGCCCCCCCUGCUGGCCACUCCAAGAACUCCACAGCCCCCAACACACAGCCCUGGGCCCACUUUAGCCUACUACUCCCCACAGCCACAUUUGUACAUGAAUAUGAAUAUGAACUACACUGCCUACUAUCCCAGUCCACCGGUCUCUCCCUCCACCGUGAGUUAUUUUGCAGCCCCACCGGGUUCAGUAGCAGCAGCUGUUGCCGCCCAGCCAACCCCUACCAUCCUGUCCCCUCAACCUGGAGCGCUGGUGCGAAUGCAGGGCCUGCCAUACAACGCCGGGGUCAAAGACAUCCUCAGCUUCUUUCAGGGAUAUCAGUAUGUUCCUGAAGACUACAGCAGCUUGGUUGGAGUGAGUGAUCAGGGCCGGAGUCUGAUUCAGUCUAAAGAAUGGCUGUGUCUGUAGGGGGAGCUCCUUCAGCUCCAGGCGGACUCCGUGCUCGUGCUGUAUAAUUGGAGUGGUCAGCGCAGCGGGGAGGCACUGGUGACUUUCCCCAGCGAGACGGCGGCGAGACAGGCCAUAGCUGAACGCUCCAAUCUUCCCCUCGCCGGUCACCCCAUCCGCCUGAUCUGCUGCGAGUGACCAAACACGGACCGCUACACCUACAGAGGGAGGACCGCACUUGAUCCGUCUCACCCCCUUUCUCCCUCAUUACCUGUCUUUGGCUUGCAGACAGUCCCUCUGUUUCUGACGCAAAGCAGUAGUUUAGGAAGGGACCUGACACAGAAACGCUGUAUAUAUGUUUAUAUAUAUUCUCACAAGUGAAACAUCCGAGCAACAGUGCCUUGCUGCUUAUUCACAUGAGAGUGCGUGUGCGACAGACAUAGAGAGCAAUUGCAUGCAUGCUUUACUCCGUUCGUUUUCGUCCGUCUUUUGAUGUCAAGAAAUCUUCUAUCCUAAUUCAGGCCUUACUGUAUGUGUAUAACAUUGCCAGCCAUUAGUUUAUGGAACAACGACGUCAGCAGAAGUUCUUCCAGCAUUUAUAUUAUAUGUGUUAAUAUCGUUCCUGAAGCACUUGGCAGUGCAGUACACUAAUGUUAGGCCUUCUUAGUCUUUGUCUUGUGCUAGGGAACCAAAACACAAUAAAAUACUUCAUACUGCUGUUACAGAUAAAAGGAUUGUUUUGGAAGUGCAGUGUGAUUGUAAGAAGCCAAAUACUGUACAUGCUAUAAAGACUGUAAUGCUGCGUAGGACUUAAAGAGGGCAUGAUGGGUUUUCUAAUGUACCUCUACACUGUUGGACUGAAACAACCUUCAGAGCUGUUUCUUUAUUUAAUAGAGCUCAGACCAAGUGUGUGCUCCAUAGACUCGCAUGAACUGAUUUUUAGUUUAAUCCAGCCGAAAAGGGAACUUUUUAUUUAAAGAGAAAAAUGAGUUUUGUGUGAUCUGCAUGCUUGUUCUUUAUAGAAAGAGGUGUGUGUUCUGUUGCCCCCAUGAGAGAUUAUGUGCAGUCUGAACCACGCCGUGGCCUCGCCUUGUUUUGGACUUGCAAGAAAAUGCAAUCUACUUCAGUUCUUUUCUACUGAUAUCAGGCUGAAUCACAAUCUUUUUCUUUCACGACUACAUUACCCAGAGUGCAAUACAGGCUGAACAAACUGGCACACCUCUUUAGAGAAAGAGGGGUAAAUUGUUUUUGUUUUCAGAAAUGUGUAUGUUUUCAGUAUGUAUGUGUAUGUGUGACUCUUAAUAUGCAACCAAUAAAUUGAUAUUGCUCUGCCACAAGCAUAUCAAAUCCUG